AUGAACUAAGAGGAGAUAAUGUUCCUGGCUUCUGCCCUCAAUGAUAUCUUGAACAACAACAAUAUCCAAAGGAAAUAGGGAGAGGAAAAACUAAACUAAUUGAAAUCCUUUGAUCCCAAUAAAUAUGCUUGCUAUCUUACUUCAAUAAUCACAAAUAGUGAAGUCAACAUUGAAGUCCAGUGCUUGGCUGCUGUUAUUCUCAGAAGGAAUAUUUCUAGCACAGCAACAGAUUCCUAAGAUGUUAAUAAUUAAAUAAACAAUGCAAACCUGUGGAAUAGGUUGGAUUCAAAUGCCAGAGAGUAUGUUAAAAACGAGCUAUUGAAAGCUAUAUCUGAGUGUAAUAAAAAAGUACUAUCAAGCAAAAUAUGCAAUUUACUGAUUGAGAUUGGAGGUAGUAUGCAUGAAAUAGAGCAAUAGAUAUGGCAAGAUCUGCUAAAUCUAAUCUUUAGCUUUGUGCAAUCUGAGAUCGACAUCAAAGUAGAUUCUGCUCUUCAGAUUUUCAAUGGAUUGUUCUCAUAUAUAAUGGAACACUUAGUCAAGUAUAAGAAUGAUCUUUUGGGGAUAUUUAGUAAAACCCUCGAUCACAGCUCCCUUGACAUCAAUUUAGCAGCACUUCAAGCUGUUUCCAAUUUCUUGCAAAUAGCUGAGAGGAAAGAUUCUCUGCACUUUAUCUAAUUGCUACCUCAGAUGUCUAAUGUUGCUAUCAAAGCUCUCUAGAUUGAUGAGGAAACAGUGCUCUAAGAUGCUUUAGUAGAGUUCAAUGAGCUUGCUGAAAUAGAGCCUAAAUUUUUCAGACAAAAUUUUAAGGAUCUUUUUGAUUUGUUCAGUCCAAUAGUCUCAAAGAAUGACUAUACUAACCCUAUUAUCAGGCAUCAACCCAUUGAGUUUUUCGUAACAUUGACUGAGAGACUUCCAAUAAUUCUUAAGAAGGAUUAAGAUACGUUGAGAUAAUUACUAGAUUUGAUAUUUAAACUAAUGAUCGAUAUUGAUGAACUCAUUGAUAACAGUUGGCUUAAGCCUAAAGAAGGUUUUAAAGUUGAGGAUGAUGAAGAAGAUGAGGAUUCUGUUGCGUUUGGUAAAACAUGUGUUGACAGAUUAGUAUCUAGCAUAGGAGAAGAGAUAAUGCUACCUUUGCUUAGUCAGUUAGUUCAAAAUACUAUAGCUAAUGAUUAUGACUGGAGAUAUAAAAAUGCGGGCUUAAUGGCUCUUUCAUAAGUAGGGGAAUAUGUGAAUGACAUUUCUAUGAUUGCACCAAUGAUUCCAACUGUGCUUGAACAUCUUCAACACCCAUGCCCAAAAAUCAGAUUCGCAGCAUUGCAUUGUAUUGGAUAAAUUUCUGAUGAUAUGACUGAGGAGUUCCAAGAAAAUUUCCAUCCCACAGUUUUACCUGCAUUAAUUCAAAUGCUUGAUGAUCAAGUACCAAGAGUUCAAUCUCAUACUUGUGCCUGCUUGAACAAUUUCCUAGAAGGAACCACUGAGGAGGUAGCCUCUUAGUAUAUAUAAGUGAUUAUGGAGAAAUUAUUGAAUUUAAUUCAGAAUGGAAUUUCAAUAAUUAAGGAAAAUGCUGUGACAGCACUUUCAUCAUUAGCCGAGGCGACUAAAUCCAAUUUCGAUCAAUACUAUGACUUUUGUAUGAGUAGUCUGAGCUAGUUUAUUGGUCAAUUCAAUGAACCUUACUACAAGUAGUUCAAAGGGCAACUGAUUGAAGCAAUAACCAUUAUUUGCUGCUCUGUUAGCAUUGAAAAAUUCCAACCUCACUAUGAAAUAGUUAUCAAUGCUCUACUAGAAAUGCAGAAUAACUAUUUCAAAAAUACAGAUUCAUAGAAAACUUACCUAAUUACUGCAUGGUAGAGGCUUUGUACUUCAAUGAAAGAAGACUUCAUUCCUUAUCUGUCAAUGAUCUUGCCAUCUUUAUUCUCAAUGGCUGCAUUCAAUCCAGAAAUUACUAUCUAGGGACAAUAAAAAGCAGAGGAUUUGCAAUCAGUAUUAAAUGAGUUAAAGGACGAUAAUAAUAAAGAUAAGCAAAACGAUAUCAAUACUGAUGAAAUGGAUGAGAAGUAAGAAGCAAUUAAAAUGCUUGGAGUAUUCAUUGAUGAACUUGGACCUGCCUUUUUUGAUUGGGUUGAGCCAGCUUCUAAGCUUAUCCUCAAUUUAAUCGGCUACAAAGCAAACUCAUAGAUUAGAGAGGAAUCAGUUUAGUGCUUACCAGGACUCAUUAUUUGUAUUAAAGAGGCUAAGCCUGAUGAUUAAGGUUUAUUGGUUGAUGUUGCUAGAUAAUAUUUAGAAAAUAUCUGGAGAACAUUAUAAAAGGAACUGAACCCUGAAACCUUAAUUCAGUAGGUAACUGCUGUCAAGGAAAUUAUAGACACAUUAGGUAUGCCCUUUAUUGAUCAAGUUAUACUAAACUCCCUUGGAUCUCUAGUAGUUGAAUUGAUAAAUGGAUCUGAUGAAAGAAUCAGGGAAAACAAUGAAACUUUGAAAAAUGAGGCAGAUGAUGAUGAUGAUCCAGAGUAAGAUUAUGAGCUUUUGAAGGAAGAGAAUAAAAUUGAAUCAGAACUAUAAAUUACACUAGAAGAACUAUUAGGAGUUGUAUUCAAGACUCAUCCACAAAUGUGCGGUAACAUAAUAACUUAGCUAGGAUCUAAUCUGAUUCCAAGCGCUCUCUCAUCCAAUAUCAAGUAAAAGAAUCAGUUAGCUCUUUACCUGCUUGAUGAUAUGAUUGAACAUUUGGGACCAUAGAUAUUGGGCGAUUUUUACCUCUAAGCUGCAAGAAAGAUAAUAUCUUUCAAUAAUUCUUAGCAUGCCUCACUUAGAUAGGCAGCCUCAUAUGGAGUAGGUAUACUUGCUCAAACAAGUGGAGAUCUAUUUUAAUAGAUUGCAAAUGAAGCCCUUUAAAGUCUUAAGAUGGCAAUUGAAUACCAAAUGACUAGUAUCGUUUAAGAGAAGAACACUAAGGUGAAAUAAUUCUAAAUGGCAAAGGACAACGCUAUUUCAGCUCUGGGAAAGAUUAUUAGACAUUAGCCUUAAUUUAUUGACUUAGAAUAAAUGAUCCCCAAUUGGCUUUCCCUAUUACCACUUAAAAACGAUUUAGAUGAAUCUAAGAUUUAGAAUGAAAUCCUUGCUAGUUUAUUACUUGAAAAUCACCCAGCUCUAAUGCUAGGAUCUAAUAACGAAAGAUAUGAAAUCAUAGUACUAAUAAUGAGCGAGGUGCUGCAGAAGAAGUAUGUAGAUGAGGAGACCUGGCAAAAGUUCUCUACUUUCCUAAAGUAAACAGCCAACGAUGGAGUACUUGGACCCAUAUUCAACAAUACUUUCUAGAAUAGAAUCACAGAGGAUGCUUAGAAUAGAUUGCAUCAGGCUUUGAAUACUAAUAACUAUUAAUGA